UCCAGCGGUAGGAUUGGCCUUGCAGGCCCGUAAAGUUCAGGAAUGGCCAUGGCUGUGAUGAGGGCCAGGAUAAAAAGCCAAGGUGCGUGCCUCAGCCUGGGAAUGCGCUGGCGUUGCUCAUUGCAGUGGCCGAGCACGGAGUCCCUGUCCGCCGCCCACGAGUUUUCGCGAGGAGUUCCCGGUCGGAAGGACCGCAACGGCGCACCGGCAUCGAGCCAGCGCUGGUUGCAUGCUGGAGUCGCCUUGCGUGCCAGGGCACGAGAGGACAACAAUGCCGAGGACCGGCUCGAUCUCGAGGAGGUGGUCGCAGAAGCCAAACGGGUUGUGGACAACGGCACGCUGAAAGACAUGCAAGUGGUCAUGCGAAGAGUGCAGCUGGUAGAUCCAGCAGGGAAGUGGAAGGUUUGGGUUAAUAAGCCCGAAUUGGAGAAGCAGCUGCGGAAGUUUGUGGCAGAGGCCAAAGCAGCCAAAACGGCAUUGGAGGAGGACCUGCUCCUGGUGCGACAGCAGCGGAAGACGGGCCAGCGGCAGGUUGAGAGCGCCCAGCGGCAGGUUGAAAGCGCUCAGCGGCAGGUUGAGAGCGCCCAGCGGCAGGUUGAGAGCGCCCAGCGGCAGGUUGAGAGCGCCCAGCGGCAGGUUGAGAGCGCCCAGGAGCAGGAAGCGAUGGCGGUGAGGCGUCUCGCUCGAGCGGAGGACUCGGGCAAUGCGACAAAGGUGCAGGAGGCCAAGGAGGAGGUCCAGGAGGCGAAGAAGGAGGUUCAGGAGGCGAAGAAGGAGGUGCAGGAGGCGGAGGUCAAGGAGGCGAAGGCAAGCGGCCGGACGAAGGAGUCCGAGGCACGGAGCAGUUGGUGCGAGAAGUUGCUCGCGAAGAAGUUGAAGUUUGGAGCAGCCGACCAACUGCUUGCAACAGUUGGGGCCACAUGGGACUAUUGUGGGAAGGAGGUGCUCCGUGAAAGCAUGCAGAUCCCCAUCCAGAAGCUGCACGAGCAAAAGGGGAAGAACAGUGACAAACAGCUUCAUCCUUUGUUCAUCGCAUUUGCAGGCCCAGGGCAAGGCAAGUCCCGGUUGCUGACAGAGUUCCCGGGCCUGGUCGAGCUGUGCUUGCAGAAUGUGUCUGAAAGGCAGAAACUGAAAUUCAGCAAGCAAACGACGAGCUUCAUGAUCAGCUGCGAGAACGCCCUCUCUCCCGGGGACUGGGCCACGGAGGAGCUCAAUGCCCAACGCUUUGUGGCAUGCCGCAUGCUGUGGCAGCUGAGGAAUGCAAACAAGGAGGCUUUUCGGGAGGUCGGCGCUCCAGAGACUUUUGCAAAAUUCCGCGUCGAAUGCUCCGAUAGCCUUGUUGCAGAGGAUGUCUUUGCAGCUGUGCUGCGUGAUGAGCUCGAUCAUAGCACGGUGGUGAUCGGAGUCGACGGGAUGCAAGGUCUGCCUGGAUUUACUGACCGCAGUGAUGCUGCGGGCAAGGACCUGCCAUUCUAUCAGGUGAUGCAGGAGGUCUGCCGCCUCGUCAACCAAAUGGAAGGCCCCUUUGUCGUAGCCUGUGUGGCCGCUUUGCAAAAUGUGAAGAGUGGACUUGCUGGCAGUCCCCAGGCCCGAGUUUUUCUGGAGCUGCCACGCGUGACCGCCGUAACCCGCAACAAACAGCCGGUGCUGCCCGGCCACCGCCUAAAAGACCUCCUGGUCGAAGACAUGGGCGGGCAUGGCAGAGCUUUGGAGUGCCUUCUAGAGGCCUUGAUGGAGAUGCCCAACGCUGCAGCAACUGCCUUGGUGGGUGCAGUUAUGAGACAAUUGAGGCAGAAGUAUCCUGACGCCACUCAGAUUGAGCCGGGUGCAGACCUCAAGGAACUGCUUCGCGCAGCUCUGUCAGGCAGAUGGAUUUUGUCUGGCGAAAUGGUCGGCAAUCUAGAUCCUGAGAAGGUGGAGCUUAUCCGCGUCAAGUUCAAGGACGGCGACUCCUCGCAGUACCGCAUCGACUUGCCCUACAUUUGGUUGUACUUGAUGCUGAGUUUGUCUAAGUUCUCUGACGAUUUGCAACCGUGGAACUUGAUGGACUACCGCUUGUUUGAGUCAGAACCAACCUGGCAACAGUGGGAAGAAUUCAAUGCCAGGUUUCGAGUGUUGCGAGCUUCUGCGUUUGAGGAUGGACAACUAGUUGACAUUGCCGAUCUACACAGGGGUGCAGUGAUCCAGCCUGACAGCUUGAAAAGCACCAAGGUCAUCAACCGGCAUCUGCAAUUUGCCAAAUCCAGGAAGCAAUUGUUGUCGAGGUCCUCAUGCUGCGGCAAUCCCAAAGCUCGGACAAAUUUACUUAAGGGACUGGGAAUGCACCAGUGCGUAGUUGAAAUGACAAACCAAAACCUUACAGUGACGUUGACUGACAAACUUGUUUUGGUCGUGAAUGCUGCCGGAGCUCCAGCUGCUGAUGCCUUUCUCAUGUUGGAAGAGGUGAGGGCAGAGGGCAACAAUCACACGAUCUCUGAAUGUUUGCAAUGCAAGAAGGGCAAUUCUCCAUUCAUAGUGGAGAACGAGCGUGAACAAGCAUGCGACACAGCUGACAUCCUGGUGCUUUUGCUGACAAGGACAGAGACUGUGCCACAAACCGGCGGACAGCGCUUGAUCUUCGUAUCUGAAGCGCAGUACCAGGAGUACUUUGGCUUCUACGCUGGUAGAGCCUUCUAUCAAACCAGGGCGGCCAAACCUUGAAGGCUGAAUUGUUGCUGCUGUGCCAUUUCCUGGCCUAGAAUUGGAUCUCGGGGCUCAAAGAAUUGCGGAGCAUGAGGAAAAAA